AGCCACCGUUCUCGCUCACUUCCAGCUUCCUCAUCCCCAUGGCAGCUUGCAGAGAGACAUGGCUUUCCCUCUGCCUCUUGGCUCUCCAUCUUGCCCUUUCUCUCCGUGCCGUCCCAACCAACAAGCCUCCUCCCAAAACGUACAUCGUCCAUGUGGCCAAAUCCGAGAAGCCCGACUCCUUCGCCACCCACGUCGAUUGGUAUCUCUCCACCAUCAACUCGGUGGCCGCAACUUCUAGCGAGUUGGAUGCGUCGACGGAAGCAGAUGACCCAGCUGAUCGGAUCGUCUACAGCUACGAGACCGCCUUCCAUGGCUUCGCCACGAAGCUCGGCGCCGACGAGGCGGAGCGGCUGGAGAGUGUUCCCGGCGUGCUCGCCGUCCUCCCGGAGACUGUCUACCGGCUUCACACGACCAGAAGCCCGGAGUUCCUGGGCAUCGGCCCUGAGGACAGCAGCAACAUCUUCACCACGGCGGCGUCCGCCAACCACGACGUGUUCGUCGGGGUGCUCGACACUGGAAUAUGGCCUGAGAGCCCGAGCUUCAGCGACAAAGGCAUGCCGGCCGUCCCUGCGCGGUGGAAAGGCGCAUGCGAGGCCGGCCGGAACUUCACCCACAGCAACUGUAACAGAAAGAUCGUCGGCGCCAGGAUAUUCCACCGGGGUUACGAGGCCUCGGCGGGUGCCAUCGACGAGAAGAGCGAGCUCAAGUCCCCAAGGGAUCAAGACGGGCAUGGGACGCACACCGCCGCUACAGUCGCAGGCUCGCCGGUGCGGGGAGCGAACCUCUUCGGCUACGCCACUGGCACCGCUCAAGGUAUGGCGCCCCAUGCGCGGGUCGCGGUCUACAAGGUCUGCUGGACCGGUGGGUGCUUCAGCUCCGACAUCCUGGCGGCGGUGGACCGUGCGGUGGCCGAUGGGGUGGACGUCCUCUCCAUCUCCCUCGGCGGCGGGGUCUCCGCCUACUACCGUGACAGCCUGUCAAUUGCUACGUUCGGUGCCAUGGAGAUGGGGGUGUUCGUCGCCUGUUCUGCGGGCAACGCCGGCCCUGACCCGAUCAGCCUGACCAAUGUGUCGCCCUGGAUCACCACCGUUGGCGCGAGCACGAUGGACCGAGAUUUCCCGGCCAAAGUCGGGCUAGGGAACGGGAUGAACAUAACCGGCGUCUCCCUCUACAAGGGUCGUCAGAACCUGUUGCCCUCGCAGCAGUAUCCUCUGGUUUACAUGGGCGGCAACUUGAGCAGCCCCAACCCGAAGUCACUGUGCCUGGAAGGGUCUCUGGAUCCUCGCGUCGUCGCCGGGAAGGUCGUGAUGUGCGACAGGGGAGUCAGCCCCCGCGUGCAGAAGGGCCAGGUGGUGAAGGAUGCAGGAGGAAUCGGCAUGAUCCUGGCCAACACCGCCGCCAACGGCGACGAGCUCGUCGCCGACAGCCACCUCUUACCGGCUGUCGCGGUGGGAGAGACUGCCGGAGAGGAGAUCAAGCGGUACAGCAAGGCCAGCGCUCGCCCGACCGCAACGCUCACCUUCGAGGGGACCAAAGUGGGAAUCCGCCCGUCUCCGGUGGUGGCGGCGUUCUCCUCCAGGGGGCCUAACAUCCUCACGCUGGAGAUCCUCAAGCCCGACGUGGUAGCCCCCGGCGUGAACAUUCUGGCGGCGUGGACCGGCGACGCAAGCCCCUCAAGCUUGGCGGCGGAUCACCGGCGUGUCGGCUUCAACAUUUUGUCCGGGACCUCCAUGUCAUGCCCACAUGUCGGAGGGGUAGCCGCGCUGCUCAAGGCCAGCCAUCCUGACUGGAGCCCAGCCGCCAUAAAAUCUGCUCUGAUGACCACCGCCUACGUCCAUGACAACACUCACCAUCCACUGAAAGAUGCGGCGACGGGCCAACCGUCGAGCACCUACGAUCACGGCGCCGGCCACAUACAACCUCUGAAAGCUGUAGAUCCAGGACUCGUCUACGACAUAACUCCAGAAGAAUACUUCGAGUUUCUCUGCAGUCAGAAGCUGACAUCAGUGCAGAUGAAGGUCUUCACCAAGCAUUCCAACAGAACUUGUAAGCAUUCAUUGGCUUCUCCAGGAGACCUGAACUACCCGGCCAUGUCCGCCGUGUUCCGGCAGCAACCAGCCACCACGCUGACGCUGCAGAGGGUCGUGACGAACGUUGGCCCCCCGGUUUCAACUUACAGCGUCAAGGUUAGCGCAUUCAAGGGCGCAGAUGUGGUGGUCGAACCCAAGACGCUCCACUUCACGCGUCACAACCAGAAGCUAUCUUACAAGGUGACCUUCAGAACCAUUUCGCCUCAGUCAUCACCUGAGUUCGGAGGCUUGACAUGGAGCGACGGGACCCAUGUAGUCCGAAGCCCGGUCGUGGUGACAUGGCUGCAAUCGCUAUAACCUUGUGCUGGUGUCAGUGGGAAGAAAGCUUGACCGGAAUCAUGAUGAUAUGUCUCUCGCUGUAGGCCUGAAAGUCCUUCCUACAAAGACAUGAGAUUGCUCGAGUGUGGAAAAUAUCGUAUGAUUGUAUCGAGAAUCAUAAGGUAGCGAGCUUGCUGCAUGCAGAGUGUUUCCAUCACAAUAAAUGAUGCUUCAUCGAAAUGUUUGCUCUUA